CCUGACUAACUGUGGUACAGGAACUCAAUUCGUCCAAUGUAAACACCACCUACCAAGGACCCCUCGCGGGUCUCGACGGUGGAAGUCAUGCAAUGUCUUUAGCUGGGCAACUCAAUGAUCAGGUACCUCAGGUAAUUGUGGCAAUGAACCGGUGUUCGUGCCUAUCUACUAGCAUGUAUAGAUCCCAACGGGAGGACUUCCGUCUCGGGGUUUAGCAUGCUGGUGGCUCUGGGUUCGUUCUGAGAUUAUACGGUUAAACUUGAUCUGGAUAAUACCAGCGAAAGGAUCAUGCCUUCCCUCGUUUCCCCUGCUGUCUGGAAGUACUAACAAUUAUCAGUCACUCCCGUGACUCCUCUCACUCUCAACAAACCAAGAACAACAUGUCUCCCCCAGCUGCAUUGCUCGAGUCCCCUGUGGCCCCUACCGCCGGCCUCAAGGGCAAGGUCGUCGUCCCGGAGAUGGCUCCCAUUAUGAGCGGAGAACCCCAGACCAAGCUGCUAGACCACUUCGGUGGCAAGUGGGAUGACUUCAAGUUCGCACCGAUCCGUGAGAGUCAGGUGUCGCGCGCCAUGACCAGACGCUACUUCCAGGACCUGGACAAGUACGCCGAGAGUGACAUCGUCAUUGUCGGGGCUGGUUCCUGUGGUCUGAGCACCGCGUACGUGCUGGCCAACGCGCGCCCUGACCUGAAGAUCGCCAUCAUCGAGGCCAACGUGUCCCCUGGUGGUGGUGCCUGGCUGGGUGGCCAGCUCUUCUCGGCGAUGGUCAUGCGCCGUCCCGCGGAAGUGUUCCUGAACGAACUGGGCGUGCCCUACGAGGAAGACGCGUCGAACCCCAACUACGUGGUCGUGAAGCAUGCCUCGCUGUUCACGUCGACGCUACUGUCCAAGGUGCUUGCAUUCCCCAACGUCAAGCUUUUCAACGCCACCAGCGUGGAAGACCUGGUGACCCGUCCUUCCGCCAACGGGAACCCCAAGGAAACCCGGAUCGCGGGUGUGGUCACCAACUGGACGCUGGUGACGCUGCACCACGACGACCAGUCCUGCAUGGACCCCAACACCAUCAACGCGCCACUCGUGAUCAGUACCACCGGCCACGACGGCCCGUUCGGAGCGUUCUCAGCCAAGCGUCUGGUCUCGAUGGCGAGCGUCGACAAGCUGGGUGGCAUGCGCGGUCUAGACAUGAACUCCGCCGAGGACGCCAUCGUCAAGAACACCCGUGAGGUCACCAAGGGGUUGAUCAUCGGUGGCAUGGAGCUGUCCGAGAUCGACGGCUUCAACCGCAUGGGUCCCACCUUCGGUGCCAUGGUGCUCAGCGGUGUCAAGGCGGCCGAGGAGGCCCUGAAGAUCUUCGAUGAGCGCCAGCGUGAGUGUGCCGAGUAAGAUGCUCAUGAGUUUUUCUUGUGUGUGCCGCUCUGCUCAGAGACAAAUUGACGAAGCUGCUGGUUAUGCUUUGAAAUGUCCACAAAUUGUAACGGACGCGCUCGAUAGCCAAAUAUGAACACUCGU